AUGAUGGGAGGAGGACUGCUGGAGCACCUCCGGACGUCGGUGUGGUUCUACGUGGCGCCAGUGGUGGCGGCCUGCGCGCCCAUCGGCGUCCUCAGGACCUACUUCAACCAGCACCUCCGGCGGCCCCUCCGCCGGCUCCUCCCGUUCCUCGACCCCUUCGUCACCAUCGACAUCACGGCCGGCGACUCCGACGACAGCUACUACUACGAGUCCCGCGGCAGGGCCAAGUCGAGCGACGCCUACGCGGAGGUGCUGGCGUACCUAAGCGCGGCGUGCUCGCGGGGGGCGCGGGAGCUCCGGGCCGAGGGCGCCGCCGAGGGCCACGGCUUCGUGCUCAGCCUCCGCCAGGGCCAGGAGGUCGCCGACGAGUUCCAGGGCGUCACCAUGUGGUGGUCCGCCGUCGCUCCGGACCAGCAGCAGCAGGGCGCCCGGGGUUGCUGCCGCCUUACCUUCCAUGAGCGCCACCGGAAGCUCGUCGUCGAUGAGUACCUGCCGCACGUCCGCUGUGCUGGCCAGGAGGUCACCUUCCUCAACCGCCGUCGCAGGCUCUACUCCAACAAGGAGGGCGUCAGCUACUACUCGUCGUCCAGGGAGGUGUGGAGCUACAUAGACUUCAACCACCCAACCACCUUCCAAACCCUAGCCAUGGACCCCGCCAAGAAGCAGAUGAUCAUGGACGACCUCAAUGACUUCCGCAACAGCAAGGACUACUACCGCCGGAUUGGCAAGGCGUGGAAGCGGGGCUACCUCCUAUACGGCCCUCCUGGCACUGGCAAGUCCACCAUGAUUGCCGCCAUGGCCAACUACCUCAACUAUGACAUCUACGACAUUGAGCUCACCACCCUAAGCACCAACAGUGACCUCCGCAAGCUCUUCAUCGAGACCACUGGCAAGUCAAUUAUCGUCAUCGAGGACAUCGACUGCUCCCUCGACCUCACCGGUAAUCGUGCCAGAAAGGGUGGACGGCGACAAGCACAGGCAGACGAUGCCCAUGAUUAUGCCGAUCCCAAUAGGCUGACUUUGUCUGGCCUACUCAAUUUCAUCGAUGGCCUUUGGUCGGCGCAUAGCGGUGAGCGGAUCAUUGUGUUCACCACAAACUAUGUCGGUGAGCUUGACCCUGCGCUGAUCCGCAGGGGGCGGAUGGACAUGCACAUUGAGAUGUCGUACCUCAAGUUUGAGGCGCUCAAGACACUGGCCAUGAACUACCUCCAAAUGGAAACACACCCGCUAUUCGACACCAUCAAGGAGCUGUUGGACGAGGUGGAGAUUGCCCCAGCAGAUGUCGCCGAGUGUCUUAUGGUGUCGAGGCGCACAGACCGUGAUGCACAGGCUUGCUUGGACCGCUUGAUUGGUGAGCUCAAGAUGAAGAAAGAGGAAACCAAGGACAUAAACAAUAAGAAGGUCAGGACCAAUAAGCAUAGAAAGAAGGCAAAGACCAAAGCCAAUGCAAAGAGGAAGGCCGAAGCCGAGAAAGAAAAGGUCGAAAAGGCAGCAUCCGAGGACGAUAACAAGAAGACCAAUGACAACACGGAGAAGAAGGCCACAGAGGUAGAGGAGGAGAAGAAGGUCAUCCAGGAAGAUUAA